AUGUUUGCCAGAAAGCAGUUAUUAGGAGAGUAUUCGGUUGGGAAGACCAUUGGUCAAGGUGCCUUCAGUAAAGUGAAGCUAGGCAUACACAAGGCUACAGGACAGAAGGUCGCAAUUAAAAUCAUCAACAAAGUCGAAAUGGAAAAGCAGAAUUCACCCAAGCAAGAGAAGAAACCACGAAAGGCGCCUGAUGCUGACAAACCUGACGAAAAACCAGCAUCGCCCGACAAAAAGAAGGCGAAAGAUACUAAGAGGGCAGAAUCCUCGUCAAAGAAACCAUCGUCAUUCUUGUCACAUUUACAGGCCGAGGUGCAAUUGAUUAUGAGGCUUGAUCAUCCGAAUGUCAUCAAAAUCUACCAAGUGCUUGACACGGAGGAGGAAUGCUUUGUUGUCAUGGAAUAUGCUUCAGGUGGUGAAUUGGUGGAUCUGAUUGCUUCGAAGGGACAUUUGACUGAGAAGGAAGCUCGAUUCUACUUUCGUCAAAUCAUUUCAGCUAUGGAUCAUUGUCACUUGAAUGGUGUAGUGCACAGAGAUCUGAAGCUAGAAAACAUUCUACUCGACGCUCAACGGAAUGCGCUUGUUUCUGAUUUUGGAUUGGGAAGGACGUUUACUUCAAAUAGAGAACUACUCAACACGUUCUGUGGCACGCCGAAUUAUGCUGCUAUAGAAUUGAUUACCGGAACACCAUACAUUGGAACACGAACAGACAUUUGGGCUUGUGGUGUGAUACUGUACAUAAUGUUGACUGGAAAACCGCCGUUCGUCGGUGAAAACGUGUCUGCCCUAUAUGCUAAGAUCAAAGCCAUAAAUUAUGCCAUCCCUGACCAUUUCUCAACAGGCAAGUGA